CUGCAUUAGUGUUUUGGCGCGUUUUGUUGCUUACACAGCUUGUGAAAUUUGUGGAAUUAAUAUAUUUUUAAUCAUACUUAAACAAAAUGAACGAUUCCUUUGGAGAUUUCAAUGCCACACAAACGGCCACUGCCGGCGCCACAAAGGAAGCCUCCGGCGAGGGUAUUAUUUCGCUGCUGGUCAAGCAGAUUAUUGAUUCACCCGAGGGCAAUUUCAAGAUGUUCGAUGUUACCUACGCUUUGGUCUGCGCCGUGGGAAUUGUGCGCAACAUUGAAACGUCCUCAACGAAGAUCACAUACUCCUUGGAGGAUCACAGUGGACGCAUUGAUGCACACUACUGGCUGGAGGAGGGCGAUGCCAUCAAGUCGCCCGAUGUGAUGAUUAACAACUAUGUGAAAAUCUAUGGUUCAGUGCGCUCGCAGGCGGGCCAAAAAGUUCUGAUGGUCUUCAAGCUGAUAAAUGUGCUAGAUCCCAACGAGGUGUGCACCCACAUUCUGGAGGCGUUGCAUUCGCGUUACAAGGCUGAGGAGUACCAUGUCAAGGGCGACACAUCAGCUGCAGCCAGCAACACGCUAAUGACCAAUGUAACUGCCACCCAAAGCAAUGCCAUUGUUGCUGGCCUGGACAGCAAGCAGCUGGCCGUCUUCCAGGCCAUUAAGAGCAACUGCUCCGAGGAGGGCAUCCAUCGACGCGAACUGAAUGCCAAGUUCUCUCACAUAAGCCAAGCCGAAAUGAACAACAUACUGGACUUUAUGAUCUCCGAGGGCCACAUUUACUCCAGCAUCGAUGCAGAUCACUUUAUAUGCACCAUGUAGUUAUUUAUUUAAUGCUAUGCUACAAUUUACUCUAUAUAUAUACGACAUAAUUAAGUAUCUUCAAGAAACUAUAUACCUAAUUAUUUCAUUUUGUCAACUACUUUGAAAAGGUUCGAUUCCAUUCGAUAUUUGAUUUGAAUGCAUUUGUAUUCAAACUUUAAAAACGCGAUUCGACUAAGUCGUUGCGCCUUCUCAGCUAUUUUAUAAAUAGAAACACGUAGGCAAAUCCAACUAGCAGACCUGUUUCUAAUUCCGAAAUCGUUUGAUAUUUGCGGAACUCAAAUUUGGUUCCGCAACGUGCUCGGGCUUCAACUUAAAUCGAUUUUAUAUUAGCAAGUAUUAC